AUGAAAAAGCGCUACGAUGAACUCCUUAUGGGAUUAUUUAUUAAAGAUUAUCAACCAUUCUCCAUAGUUGAGGAUGAAGGGUUCAAAAACUUUGUGGCAGCAUUGGCUCCAGAUUACAGUUUGCCAGGGCGAAAAUAUUUAUCAGACUCUCUACUUCAUGAAAUGUACAAUAAAUGUUAUGAAAGUACACGGGAACAGAUGAAUCAAGUAAAAAAGAUAUGCUUGACAACUGAUCACUGGACGUCUACGGCAAAUUAUAUGGGCAUAACUGCACAUUUUAUAGACGAAGAUUUCAAAUUGCGUUCCAAAUUAAUUAAAUGUAUAAAAUUUGAAGGUGAACAUACUGCUGUACAGAUUGCCGCUGAAAUGAAACGCACCGCCGAAGAAUGGAGUUUGCUAGAUAAAAUACUCAUAGUCAUUACUGACAACGCUUCUAACAUUACUAACGCAGUAACCAAGGAAUUGAUGUGGAAACAUUUCGGUUGUUUUGCGCAUAAAUUAAAUCUUGUUGUACGCAGUGCUCUGAAAUCCGAAACGUUAAUAAUUGAGAAAGUAAAAACCAUAGUGAAUCAUUUCAAAAGAAGCCCACAAGCGACAGAAAAACUGUUAAAGGCUCAAAGGCAACUAGGGAAUGACAAUCCGUUAUGUGUAAUACAAGAUGUCGAAACGCGUUGGAACUCAACAUAUCACAUGAUUCAACGGCUUGUAAAAAUCCAAGAAGCAAUUCGUAGUACCGUCGCUAAUUUAAACGCACCAAAAAUAAAUAUGUUGUCGGAGACGGAAUGGAAAAUCUGCGAGGAAAUCUGUAUAUUGUUGAAGCCUUUCGAAGAAGCUACUUUGGAAGUUAGUGGUGAGAAUUAUUUAACGGGCAGCGUAAUUAUAGGAAUUGCAAGAGGUCUAAAUUCCGUUACCAAAAAGGCUAUUAAUUUAAACUACUGCGAAAAUUCAACAAAUUUUGCCGAUCAGCUUGUUGCUGGUUUAGAACAGCGUUUUCCAGAUUUGGAAAAAAGCAGAACAAUCGGUGUAUGCACGUUUCUGGACCCUCGUUUCAAAUUAUAUAUAUUUGAAAAUCAAGAACAUGCCCAAGAUAUAAAAAAACAAGUAAUUAACUUAGUGACCGCUAUUAUUAAUGUAAAAACUGCAGAAGCAAGCACUGGCCGACAACAACCACGGUUGGAAGCAAAAAAAGAAACCGACAAUAGUACUGAAAAAAAUGUACUGUCAUACUGGGCAGAGUUUGACAAUAAAAUGGCCGAUCUUAUUCCUAAGGGGACAGCUACGUCUCAGGCUAUUUUGGAGGUCGAUAGGUACUGUAACGAUACCAUCAUUUCCAGAAAGGAUGAUCCACUGCUGUGGUGGAAAAAUAAUCAACAACUCUAUCCGAAUUUGGCGGAUUUGGCAAGAAAACAGCUUUGUAUGGUCGCAACUAGCGUACCUUGUGAACGACUGUUCUCCAGAAGUAGCCUGAUAAUUAGUGACAGAAGAACACGACUUUCUGCUACAAAAGUUAACAAGUUACUUUUUUUAAAUGCGAAUACAUAG